GCCGGUGGUGCACCUUGUCGCUACCGCUGCCCAUCCCGCGCGUUCAACCACCACCACACCACACCACACCGCGCGUUCAGGUUCAGGUGUGCUGUGCUGGGCUGCUCGCUAGCUUGUCUUCUUCCUCGGUCUGGAGAAGAGGGGGGGAAAGCGAAGUCGAGAUCUGCCACCAGUCUGCUCUGGAAAAUUCAUCUCGUCUGGUGUACGGCCACCUGCCUGUACAUGGAUCCACCAGUUCCAGCAGCACUGCAGCAGGGUGAGCGCCGGAGAUAUUUUUAGUUACUGCAGUGUGCAGCGCAGGAACGGAGGAGGCCGGGAGGGGGUCCCCGUCGUCGUCCCACUUCGUCCUUGUCGCGCUUAAUGCGGCCAUUAAACUGACUGCUCGCUGCUCAUCCGUGCUGGCGUGGCGAGCGAGCUCCGGUAAUAAAUGCCAGCGUAUCUGUGCGCAUCGCUGCAGCUGCAGGCAGGACUGCGCCGCUUCAGUGACGUCUGACGACGCCUCACUUGUUCCGUUGUACUCCUAGCUGCAAGGCGGCGUCGGCGGCUGCUACUGCUGCUGCCGAUCAGGGCUUCACACCCCCCUGCUCCUGCAAAGAUUUGAUUGCUUUCGCCGGAUGGCUCCGGCGUCCGCGAUGGAGCUGGAAGCACCGCCCCCGGCGUCAGCAUCGGCGGCGGCGGCCAAGGAGAUCAAGUCGCCGGAGGUGCUGCCGGAGCCAAGCUCGCUGUCGGCGCUGCAGCGGAAGAAGCUGGGCGCGCACUUCCUGGAGAGCGACGAGCGCCGCUUCUCCCGCGGCUGCAGGACGCCGCUGGGCGGAGGCUACGACGAGCCGCCCUCCUCUGCCGCCGGCGCCGGCGGCACCACGCCGGUGAACAUCCGCGGCGAGCCGAUCCGGGACCUGUCGAGGACCGGUGGGUGGGUGGCGGCCUUCUUCAUCUUCGGCAACGAGAUGGCGGAGCGGAUGGCCUACUUCGGCCUCUCCGUCAACAUGGUCAUCUUCAUGUUCAAGGUCAUGCACCGCCCUUUCACCAGCUCCGCCAACGCCGUCAACAACUUCCUCGGCAUCUCCCAGGCGUCCUCCGUGCUGGGCGGGUUCCUCGCCGACGCCUACCUGGGGCGUUACUGGACCAUCGCCAUCUUCACCACCAUGUACCUGCUGGGCCUCAUCGCGCUCACCGUCAGCGCCAGCGUGCCGGCGCUCGUGCCCACGCAGGAGGGGUGCGACAAGCUCGCCAUGCUGCUGGGCGCCUGCGCGCCCGCCGCGCCCUGGCAGAUGGCGUACCUCCAGACGGCGCUCUACGUCACGGCGUUCGGCGCCGCCGGGAUCCGGCCCUGCGUCUCCUCCUUCGGCGCCGACCAGUUCGACGAGCGCAGCGCCGGGUACAAGCGCCGCCUCGACCGCUUCUUCAACCUCUUCUACCUCGCCGUCACGCUCGGCGCCAUCGCCGCAUUCACGGCCGUCGUGUACAUCCAGAUGCAGCACGGCUGGGCCGCGGCGUUCGGCACGCUCGCGCUCGCCAUGGGCGCCUCCAACGCGCUCUUCUUCGUCGGCACGCCGCUCUACCGCCACCGCCUGCCCGGGGGAAGCCCGCUCACCCGGGUGGCGCAGGUGCUCGUCGCCGCCUUCAGGAAGCGGAACGCCGCCUUCGACAGCGGCGACUUCGUCGGCCUCUACGAGGUCGCCGGCGCCAAGUCCGCCAUCCGUGGCAGCGCCAAGAUCGACCACACCGACGACUUCAGGUACGUACGUAUCGUCCGUUGGAUGCGCUGCGCACACAAACGAACGAACGCUCAGGAUUCAGCCACAUCCAUCCAACUGGAAGGUGACCUCGCCGGCGGCGGGGAGGAGGCGGUGAACCCGUGGCGUCUGUGCACGGUGACGCAGGUGGAGGAGGUGAAGAUCCUGCUGCGGCUGCUGCCGGUGCCGGCGUGCACGGUGAUGCUGAGCGUGGUCCUGACCGAGUUCCUGACCCUGUCGGUGCAGCAGGCGUACACGCUCAACACCCGCGUGGCGGCGCUGCACCUGCCGGUGACGUGCAUGCCGGUGUUCCCCUGCCUCGCCAUCUUCCUCAUCCUGGCGCUCUACUACCAGACCUUCGCGCCGCUGGCGCGCCGCCUCACGGGCCACCCGCACGGCGCCUCCCAGCUGCAGCGCGUCGGGCUGGGACUCUUCUUCUCCAUCCUCUCCGUCGCCUGGGCGGGGCUCUUCGAGCGCUACCGCCGAGGCUACGCCGUCCGCCACGGCUACCUCGCGCUCUUCCUCACGCCCAUGCCGGACCUCAGCGCCUACUGGCUGCUCAUCCAGUACUGCCUCAUCGGCGUGGCCGAGGUGUUCUGCCUCGUCGCGCUCCUCGAGUUCCUGUACCAGGAGGCGCCCGACGCCAUGCGCAGCGUCGGCUCCGCCUACGCCGCCGUCGCCGGAGGCCUCGGCUGCUUCGUGGCGUCGGCGAUCAACACCGCCGUGGAUGCCGCGACGCGGAACGACGCCGAGGGGCGGCCGUCGUGGCUGGCGCAGAACAUCAACGUCGGCAGGUUCGACUACCUGUACUGGCUGCUCGCCGUGCUCAGCACCAUCAACCUGCUCGUCUUCGUCUACUUUGCCAAGCGGUACAAGUACAGGGUCAGGGUCGACACGCAGCAGACCACAGUCGUUGUUAAUAAUAAACAGUAGCCGGCCAUUAGCACAAUGAUAAGGAUUUGCUGAGUUUGGUCUCGACCGUGGAUGUGCUGUAACAAAGGAUUACCGGGAAUACCAUAACAUCGAACAUUUUUUGCAAAUACAGCUUAACAGAAACAUAAACAAAAGUUUCCACUGUA